GCGAAAUUUUACGCAUUUGUCCCUUCCCUUUUGUUACUGAAGUUCGAGUAUUCCCGCGCCUAUAAAUACCCGCUAUUUGUUUAAAAUUUCAGCAACUAAAUGGCCAGUAGCAACAGGAAAUCCUUUAUUAUGGAUUUCGAUACGGAUUUCGGUGAGGAUAUGCAUGAGAAUCAACUGAGGUUGUUGCUCAGUUUGAUUCAGACUGGUGAGGGUCCUAGAGGUAUGUUGAGGGUCGACGUCUUGUUCCGAGCCUUAGCUGAGGAAAUCACAGCACGGCCAUGGCUGAAUGUUUUCGAGCAGCAACAGCAAUCCACUGACCCGCCAGUGACCUUUUUUCAUCCGGAUGGCUCACUUGGCAUUGCGGCUCCCUUACCUUGGGUAUCUGACCCGCCAUUUCUCUUUAUUCAUCCGGAUGGCUCGGUUACCAUUGCGGAUCAGUUAUCUCGGCUACCGGUCCCAGGGCCGAGGCAUGACAGAGGAGGAGGAAGCUUUUGGGUUGCUGUCUUCAUUCUUUGGGAUUCAAUUGGAUAUUAAGCUGCUCAUUAUUAGGCUGGCAAGCGGUUCUGGCAGAUUGGUGGUUCGCAAGAUGUCAAUAGGCUAUUUUUUGAUUUCUGAUUCUUCAUUUUCAACUGGCAGAUUGGUGGUUCGCUGGGCUAAUUUUUGAUUUUUGCUUCUUCAUUUUCAACUGGCAGAUUGGUGGUUCGCAAGUGUUUUCUUGAUUUUUGAUUCAUUGUAAAGAAUAUCAUUUUCAGAUUGGUGCUGUGUACUCUUCAGUAGAGAUAUACUAAUUAAUUUGAUUCUACGUGUAAUAGAUUGGUGCUUUGUAGUCUUUA